CAGCAAGCCGCCAACAACGAACUGCAGAUACCCCACUCAGUUUCCUGCCGCCGCGCUGGUGACGAGCAAUCCUCCCAGAACAAGGAGUCUCGGCACAUUGAGCGCGACAAUGAACUUCCUCCUAUCCGACGACUACCUCCUUCAAGAUUACCCCGAAAAUAUUACCAACACUAUCCGGUCAGGACACUCGACAUGCGUGCGAUUCAAUCGCAAGGGCGACUUCUUGGCCUCGGGCCGCGUUGACGGCACUGUGGUCAUCUGGGACUUGGAGACCAUGGGAGUGGCGCGCAAACUUAGGGGCCAUUCCAAGAACAUAACAUCACUAAGUUGGUCACGGUGCGGCCGCUAUCUGCUCUCCGCCUGCCAGGGCUGGAAAGUCAUUCUCUGGGAUCUGCAGGACGGGAAAAGACACCGCGAGGUGCGCUUCCGCGCCCCGGUGUAUGGGGCUGAGCUUCACCCGUGGCAUCACUACCAGUUUGCUGCGGCCCUCUUCGAGGACCAACCGAUGCUCGUCGACAUCACGGCUCCCGCCCCCGUGUGCUACGUUCUCCCCUCGGUGCCGAAACGACCCAACACCGAUGCCGAUGCAACGUUGAAGGAGAAGCAGGCCAAGGAGGAUGCGAAACACAUGACAACCGCCAUCGUCUAUACGGCGACAGGUGACCACCUCCUCGCCGGCACAACCAAGGGCCGCCUCAAUAUCAUCGACGCGAGGACGCGUGAAAUUAUCUACUCAGAGAAGAUAGCUAGCGGUGUCAUCACAACUCUUCGUCUUACUGAGUCGGGCAAGGAGCUCCUGGUGAAUGCCCAGGACCGCAUAAUAAGGACCUUCCGUGUGCCGAACCUGUCCGCAGCAGACCUUGAUCCGGACACCAUACAGUUACCCCUCGAGCACAAGUUUCAAGACGUGGUGAACAGGUUGUCGUGGAACCAUGUAGCCUUCAGCGCCACGGGCGAGUACGUCGCAGCGUCGACCUACAACAACCACGAGCUCUACAUCUGGGAACGCGGGCAUGGCAGUUUGGUGCGCAUGUUGGAGGGUCCGAAGGAGGAGCAGGGAGUCAUUGAAUGGCACCCACACCGCGCUCUGUUGGCCGCCUGCGGCCUUGAGACUGGCCGAAUCAAUAUCUGGUCUGUCACGAGCCCUCAGCGAUGGUCGGCCCUCGCGCCCGACUUCGUAGAGGUGGAAGAGAACGUCGAGUACAUCGAAAGAGAGGACGAGUUUGACAUCCACCCGCAGGAGGAGAUCCAAAAGCGGCGCCUGGUUCAGGAAGAUGAGGACGUCGAUGUCCUGACGGUGGAAGACGGUGAUGGGCUAGGCAACGGCAUGGACACGUUUCGCAUGCCGAUCCUGUUCAACCUGGGCGAGUCGGACAGCGAAGAAGAAUUCGUAAACGUAUCGCUCGGGACGCUGCGGCGGAAGAGUCCUGGUGAGCAGGACGAGGAUGAGAUGACAGGCGAAGAGCGAGGGCCGGGGAGGAAACCGGGACGGGGACGGGCGAAGAAGAAAUAAUCAACAUAAUGACGGUGCCCCCUAGCGCAGCGGAGCCUUGUUGGAGCUCGCAGGGCAAUGGAGACCUGGAAGUCUUUCAGGUUACGGAAUAGCUCAGCUUGGAAAUGUGAUCGAGGAAUGAGAACCGGAUGGGUUGUGUAAUCCGAGUCGCCUGGCAUUGUUGUUGCAGCCGCUCCAAUUCAGCUUGGCGUAUACCAUUAGGCUGCAAUUGAGGUAUUGUGCCGUAAUUUAACGGCAAUUACAUACAAUGCCAGGUCAGCGCUCAAUCGUAGCCCUGAAAUACUGAUACAUACAAAACAAAAGGGACGGAACCAAGCUGUACGAGCAUCCCAUUCACUGACUAUUGUACACUAUAG